CUCUGCAGAGCGAGUGCAGCCAUGGGAAAUGCACAGGAGAAACCUCCGGGUAGUGGAGGAGGGGGGGAGCAGGCCACACCGGGGAGCAGGAGGCGAGGCCGGGGUGCAGGCAGCGUGGAGAAGCCCCAGUCCCAGACAUCUCCGCAGAAAGGGGUGGCCAACGGUACUCAGAGAGAGAAGAGCCAUGAAGAGGAGAGCCAGGACAGGCCUGCAGUGGACACCAGCUAUCUGGAUGCCCCAGCCGGUGCCCUUCCUCCUCACCUGGGCCGGCUCAAAAAUGAGGGCAAUCACCUUUUCAAAAACGGACAGUUUGGGGCGGCCUUGGAGAAAUACACCCAGGCUAUUGAUGGCUGUGCUGAUGCAGGCAUUGACAGCCCAGAGGACUUGUGUAUCCUCCACUCCAACAGAGCUGCCUGCUACCUCAAGGAUGGGAACAGCACAGACUGCAUACAGGACUGUAACAGGGCUCUGGAGCUGCAGCCCUACUCCCUAAAGCCCCUGUUGCGCAGGGCUAUGGCCUAUGAAUCACUGGAGCGGUACAGGAAGGCCUACGUGGAUUACAAGACUGUGCUGCAGAUAGAUACUGGGGUACAGGCGGCCCAUGACAGCGUCCACAGGAUCACCAAGUUGCUGAUCGAGCAGGACGGGCCCGAGUGGAGAGAGAAGCUUCCGGAGAUUCCUGCGGUCCCCCUGUCUGUCCAGCAGCAGCACUGGGAGAAGCCGGUCAGCGCUGAGGUCCUCCAGGCCCGUGCCGCCAGAGCCGCGCAGGAAGAAGCCAGGCGACAAGAGUCCCGCUUCACGUUACUGAAGCAGGAGGGAAAUGACCUGGUGAAGAGAAGCUGCUUCCAAGAGGCUUUGGACAAGUACAGUGAAUGUCUCAAAAUAAAACCCAACGAAUGUGCUGUCUACACUAACAGGGCCAUUUGCUUCCUGAAACUGAGUCGCUAUGAAGAGGCCAAACAGGACUGUGACUCGGCCCUGCAGCUGGAGCCGCUCAACAAGAAGGCCUUCUACAGACGGGCCCUGGCUCACAAGGGCCUACAGGACUACCUGUCAGCCAGCAGCGACCUCCAGGAGGUUCUCCAGCUGGAUCCCAAUGUGCACGAGGCCGAGCAGGAGCUUGAGGUGGUGACUGGCCUGCUGCGACAGAGCCUGAUGGACAGCACUGCACACACACCAAGGGUUUGAUGGUUUGUGGAUCAUUGUGGAGGCAGAAGAAUGGAAUGAGUGCAGGCACAAAGGAGCAGCUGUCGGAGAAAGGUCUGUCGAUGCCAUUGACCCCCCCCUGUAAGGAAGAGCUGGGAAAUAACAACGACUGACUGGUUCGACUCCUCGGACGACCUGCGACACGUGCAAACCACACCAUUCAUUCAUUCUCGAGUACACAACCCUGGAUAAAGGGCAGCUUUAUGUAAACAGACUGUCAAGGUACUUCUGUCUCGCUUGCACAAAAAGUCACUGACAUUGCAACAUAACGGACUGUACAUGCGGUAUCAUGCAACGGGUGGCAGAGCACCUUUUGGCAGAGCGACGUGGAGAAAGAAAGAGAGCUACAGUAUGUGUGCCUUACUGAGAUUCCUACUGCAGUCAUUAAGAAAUAAGCCAAAUCUACCCUUUUUAUGUUUUUUUGUUCACUUCCAAAAUGAAUGAUUGAGCGCAUGACACAAAAAGGGGCAGAAGCUGACUAAGAAAUGAUGGAAAAAAAGUGUUUGGGAUGCACAUUGUGUGUAAUUUUAUCGUAUUUACAUUCUUUUUAUUGUACUUUGAGAUAAAGCGGAGACUGGAGGUUGUAAAAAGGUAAUCAGCUGGGCCGACCCUCAUGGAUCCAUGCAAGCUACUGUUUCAAUAGGAGUCACUUGUCAUUGUUUACAUCUCAAAUCAUUGCAGUCCACUGCUGUCGAAUUAAGGAAGACAAGCCAACGGCAUAUAAAUCAUCAUGCAUAGUGCUGGUAAUUGCUUUAGGACAGAAAAAGGCUGCACUGUCUCUUACAGGUUUUUUUCCCCAAGUAGUUCAACUUGAAAACGUUCUCACCCCAUGCUCUAGAUUUAUGAGGCAGUGUAGUCUUAAUUGGAGCAUAAGAUGAUAAAAUAACAAUUUACCCCAAUUAAAAUAUCCUAGGAAACCUGAGCCCAGUGCUCAAAUCAGUGUUUUCUCUGAGUCUGACUUUGAGCCCACAAGGCUGUGAGGUAAAUAUCCCUGCUGACAUUAGGCUUACAGGUUAACUUUAUCACGUACUGUAUGUUUCUGGUCUCAGGUUCAAUCUUGAAUGUAACCAAGAUGACGGGGUGUGUGUGAGUGUGUGAGUGUGAGUGUAUGUGUAUAGGUGUACAGUAUUACUUUAGGUUUGGCAAGUUUCUGACAUGUGGUUUAGACCACCUCAUGGACAUUUAAGAGACUCUUAAUCUGAAACUUUAUCUUUCACAAGCAUUGCUUCAUGGAAUGUGAGAGCAUGAAAUGUAUAUAAAUCAUUUAAAAAGCAAAUGUAAAUAAUAAAUUGCACUGUGGCCGCUUUGA